UCGUAUAAUUACACGACCUGCUUCAAAUACCCCUCUCGCCUAACACAUUUUUUCACAGGUAAUCUCUCUCGCGUUACUCUCUCUCUCAAUUUUUUUUGAGCAGAGGCCAUGUCUGCUAAAAUUUCCUCAAAUUCUGCAACAAACUCUAACAAGCCAAUGGGGGGUGGCAAAGUUUCCUUCAAAGUCACUCUCACCUCUGAUCCAAAGCUCCCCUUCAAAGUUUUUAGUGUUCCAGAGGAAGCCCCUUUCACAGCGGUCUUGAAAUUUGCUGCGGAAGAGUUCAAAGUGCCUCCUCAGACCAGCGCUAUUAUCACCAAUGAUGGUGUUGGAAUUAAUCCACAACAAAGUGCAGGUAACGUAUUUCUCAAGCAUGGCUCUGAGUUGCGUCUUAUUCCUCGCGAUAGAGUUGGAGCAAUUGAUAAAAGAAUUUAGUGUAAUCUGUGACUGUAUCCAGAGAGUUUCACACAAUCUGGCUUACUAGUAAUUCUCAUAAAUGAAGAAUAAUAGUUUGUUUAGCGUGUUUCAAGAUGUGGAUGGAUACUUUUGUUAUCUUAUGAAGCAAGAUCUUGUUGAAAUCAUAUUGAAUGGAUUCAUUAUGUUUUAUGAGGAGUUAUAUCAAUCUACAAGCCCAUGCUUCAA